AUGCUCAAGUUGUGGUCGCGCAAAUGGCCCUCGCCUGAUAACACCGACUUGGAAGAGAUCUUCCGGUUUAGCAUCGACAGUUCCGUUUGUUUGGAAAGCUCCGGGCAUCUGGACUUCGCGAUCUUCGAAGUCGCCGUGCCACAAAAUGUUAAGCUCGUUUGGGAUUCUCACAAUUCCGGGACCUACUCUAUGAUUUCUGGUGAAAUAUCUGGGUGGCAAGGAAACACUAUCGUUAUCUCUCUAUCAGCGCCUUGCGUCGCCAGGAGUGGCGUCGUGUGCACUCACGACGGCUUUGCAGUUGGAUACGUAGGCGGAGUGCUGGAUGAUGAGUCUGCGGAGGGCGAAAAGUACGAGCUGUACGCCUACCCGCUCCAUCGAAUGCCUUUGCACUUGCCGAGAUAUUUGCCAUCAGAAGACGAUGACGAAAACGAAGACGAGGAAGAGGAAGAUUGA